AUGCAUCUGGUUGUGAAGCCUUCGCACAAAGCCAUGCUCAGCGUGCUGCCUCACUUUGUGGAGAAAGCUGCUCUGACUCGGAGGGAGAUCUGUCGCAUCCUCAGUGAGAGCUUCUUCAUGGUCAAAGGAGCCGCCCUCUUUCUGCAGCAGGGCGGCGGCGCACAAGGCCCAAAGACCCCGACCCACCACAAACAUGCAGGUAGGAACAAACGAGCUGCAGACAAAAGGAAAAUUGUGUUUGCCGAGGUGGUUUUUCUCCCCCGUGCUUCACUUUCAGGGGAUUUACCUCAACACCUACAGGUCAUGUUUAAGAUCCUCCGAGCUGAAGAUCGCAUUAAGCUGGCUGUACGGUUAGAGAGCGGAUGGUCAGACAGAGUGCGCUACAUGGUCGUCAUCUACACCAACGGCCAUCAAGAUACAGAGGAAAACAUCGUCCUGGGGAUGGACUUUACAGACAAGGACAGUAAAAAUUGCUCUAUCGGGAUGGUGCUGCCACUGUGGAGUGAUUCCAACAUACAUUUGGAUGGAGAUGGAGGCUUCAGCGUGAACACGGCAGGGCGAUCACAUGUCUUCAAGCCUGUAUCUGUGCAGGCCAUGUGGUCUGCCCUGCAGGUCCUCCACAAGGCAUGCGAGGUGUCCCGCCGGUUCAACUACUUCCAAGGGGGAAUUGCUCUAACGUGGAUGGCCUUCUAUGAGAGCUGCAUCACCUCGGAGCAAAGCUGCAUCAAUGAGUGGAACACUAUGACCGACCUGGAGACCACUCGGUCCGACUCGCCCACCAUGUUUGUCGACCGGCCGACUGAGCGAGAGAGAACAGAGUGUCUCAUUAAAGCCAAGCUACGCAGCAUCAUGACGUUUCAAGACCUGGAGAACAUCACCUCGAAGGAGAUCCGUAACAAGCUGGAGCAGCAUAUGAGCUGUAACCUCACAGAGUACAAAGAGUUCAUAGACAACGAGAUGCUUCUGAUCCUGGGUCAGAUGGACAAGCCCACACUCAUCUUUGACCAUGUGUACUUGGGCUCUGAGUGGAACGCUUCCAACCUGGAAGAACUACGUGACUGCGGAGUGGGUUACAUUCUGAAUGUUACCCGAGAGAUUGACAACUUCUUCCCGGGGAUGUUUUCGUAUCACAACAUCCGCGUAUAUGAUGAGGAUGCUACAGAUCUGCUGGCCCACUGGAACGACACCUACAACUUCAUCGUCAAAGCCAAGAAGAACAACUCUAAGUGCCUGGUGCACUGUAAGAUGGGGGUGAGCCGGUCUGCCUCUACAGUUAUUGCCUAUGCAAUGAAGGAGUACGGCUGGUCUCUGGAGAAAGCCUACAACUUUGUCAAGCAGAAACGGAGUAUAGCUCAGCCCAACGCAGGUUUCAUGAGACAGCUGGCCGAGUACGAGGGAAUCCUGGACGCAAGUAAACAUCGCCACAACAGGCUGUGGAGGCCUGAAACUGAUAAGGAGGGAUCAGAUGAUUUGCAAGCCUCCAGUCUCUGUACUGGUGGGGAGAAGACACCAGUGCUCCGAGGGGAAGGAGCCAUGGGAGGCUGCGGGGCCUCUCCGUGCAGGGCUGUGGGUCUGGACAUGGAGCCCCUUGACUCUCUUAACUAUAACUAUUACUUCAGACGGUUGUCAGACUCUGCACUAGACAGUGAGCCCUCCACUCCAGUGCGGGGGCCCCCUCUGCUAGGUAUGGAAAGAGUUUUCAUUGAGAUUGAUGACGUGGAGAGGGAUGCCCUAUUGGAGGACGAGGGUUUCCCCAUGGCCCAUUUAGCCCUGCCUGGCGAGGGUACGGCAGCUCAGACGUGUGGCCGCCUUGACCCCCUGGAGGACAUGAGACUGAGGCUCGAGAUCAGUACUUUGGAGGAGGAGGAUGAGGAAGAGGCCAAGAAAGAAGAAGCUGAGAUGGCGGCCCUGGCUCAGACACCUGGAAAUUCAGAUGGGAAGGAGGAGAGCCGGUUAGGUCUGGCCAACCUGAACACCAACAAUAGCAACCGCCUGGCUGCCAAGCGCAGCUGCCCCGCAGCUUUUGACGACAGUGGUAGCACAGGAAACCCUUUAAAAGUGAAGCCCUCCUAUCAGUCAUGUAAAGACUGCCUGCGUGUACCACAAGUGCGGCGCUGUGACCGUCCAGCAGGAGGCCGUUCUCACCGCCUUAACCCCACCCGCCACUGCACUAUCCCCACCAUAUGCAUAGAUCCGCCUGGGACCAAUUUUGCCUCCACCGCAAUUCUGCAGUCUCUGCAAACCCCUGCUGUUGUCCCACCCCACUUGAUCCAGCCCUCUAGUCUUCUGUACCGCUGUUCCACCUGCACCCCCGGUGUCCCACUAACCAACCGCCAGAAACUGGUCUCACCCAUGAGCUGUGAGGAGACGCCUCCUGACCGCGGCUCGGUGGACACAGAGGACAUGGACGAACCACAGGGAGAAGAAAUAUCAAGGGAUGCUACGGGGGCCAUAAGAGUGGCUCCCGCUGAAGGUUUAGAUUUACAACUCGGGGGUGCAGUGGAGCUCCAGCAGCAGGCUUUGGCCCAGCUGCAAAUGCCGGGACUGGGGAUAGAAUUUGGUCUGGAACUGAUGCGACAGAGGGCAGAGCAGCUUGAGAAGCUGCCAAGCUUGGCCAUGGAGGGCCAGCUCCCAGUGGGGCCCCUGCCUUAAUACAGUAACCCUUAC